AUGAAUGCGACCAUUGAAGUGGGUGGUCUAGUUGACAUCAUCGGCACAAUUACUAUGGAGUUCUUCAGCCUGGUCAAUGUGGUCAUUAUCUGUUCAAUUCUUGCCGUUUCCGGUUUGGUGGCCAACGUCAUCAAUCUCUGUGUAUUCUACAGACACGGUUUAAACAACUCCAUGAACAUCAGUUUUUUUGCUCUGACAAUGACGAUGUUGAUUAAUCUUCUAUUUCUUCUGUGGAGAGUUAUCUGCGUUUAUCCUUUCAUGGAUAGGUCGGGGUUUCCUAUAGUCUUUAACGAAAUCAAACUUCUAACAGCGGGCUGGCCAAAUGUCUGUGUUAACCGAGUCGUUAGCUGGAUCACCGUCUACAUCACAGCAGAGAGGUGUUUCUCUAUUACAAUACCUCUAAAGGUCAAACUUGUUUUCACAAGCAGAAGAGCUGUCGUCGUGUUGGUCUUGAUUUACGUUAUAAACUUCAUGACCCUCAUCCCUGAGUACUGUGUUCUGUAUCUUGAUUGGAAGUUUUUUCCGUCACAAAACAAAACAAUAAUAGGACUUGUAUACAGAACAAACAGACCACCUCUUGAAGGUUUGACUUCCGGGUUAAACGCCAUCUUCACCGUCACUGCUUUCAUCGGUAUGAUCAUUUUCACCUCCAUUUUAAUUAAAGUUCUCAAACAAAAAUCAAAAUGGCGCCGCAAAGCCAUGCCCGAUAAAGAUAAAACAGAAAGUUUUUCGACUCGUCAGAAAAAAAAAACCGUUACCAUGGUGAUCGCCUUGGCUUGCGUCAUGAUCGCCUGCUACACCAACAGCGUGUUCGUUACCUCAGUGGCCGCUUUGGUGCCGGAGUUCAGCGCCUACGGGGAAACUGGCCAACUCGUACCAGGCCGCGGCAACCUUCACCUUUUUGUCCAUCGCCAUCAACUCUAA